AUGCUAAUCAAUGCGUGGUUAUAUGUCAGGCAAGAUCCCGUGGUCGGGGAUGAUCAAGCCAACACUACAUUUUGGGAGAGGAUCUACCAAUAUUGCUUGGAGGGUGACAACAACCGCACAUUGAAGCAACGAUUUUGGAAGAUUCGCACCAACGUAUGGUCCUUCUGUGGAUACUACGAGCGUCAUAGAGCAAGCGAAGAAAAUGAUGAUAAUGUACUGGAAAUGACUCAUAAUUUACACUACAAGACCAAAAAGGUCAAAUUCACCCUGGUGUUGCACUGGAAUAUUCUCCACCAUGAACCAAAAUUUUUAGCCCUUUUAGAAUCUUCCAGUGAAGGUUCGAAGCGGACGAAGGCAAAUGCUCCCGGUGAAUACACAACCUCCUCCACUGGCGAUGCUGAUAGUAACUCUCAAGUGCGCCCCGAAGGCAUAGAUGCAGCUAAGAGAAAAAUUGCUAAAGGAAAAUCAUCCAAAGGGAAUAAAGCAGUUGGUACUGAUCUCGGGCGAGGCGGCAGACGAUUUCCGUGGUCUGGCUAUUGGUAUAGAGAGUUAAUAUGGCGAAUUGCGCAAAAUGAAGGAAAAAGAGUUCUAGAUCAAGUUGGAAGAGUUUUACCUCAGACAGGAAGAAGUUAG